AUGUGUCGAGAAUCAGGAGUUGAGAUCAAAUUAAUGGUGGAUGAAGACUUGCAUACUGCAAGAUUGAUGGCUCUUAAUUCUGGAAUUCUAAGAAUUGAGGAAGACUUACAAGGAGCCAUAAUUGAAGCUGCUGAAUUUAGAAGCAGCCUCAAGGAAGCCCAAAUAAGUAUGUCUCACAAAAUCAAAGUAUUGGCUAAUAGCACUCCUGCUGAUAAACUCCUCUUGGUACAUUGCUUAAGAGCUAAUAAUUGCGGGCUCGUGGCAGCAACUUGUACAUGCAUUAGAGACUUGCCAUCUCUCAAAGAAGCCGACGUUGGGAUUUUUAUUGGUGAAAACUGUGCGGACUUAGCUAAGGAAGAUGCUGAUAUUACUGUGGUGGACUCAAAUUUUGGUAUGAUCCCAGCCAUAUUAAUCUUGGGCAGGUAUGUUUGCACAAACAUUGACAAGUUCAUACAGUUGCAAUUGAUACUCAAUAUUUCUGCAUUCACUUCAAGUUUUAUUCUCAUAAUUUUCAAUCCCGCGAGUGAAGAACAAUUGACACCAUUUCAGUUGUUGUGGGUAAAUCUAAUAAUGGAAGUUCUUGGUGCCUUGUUUUUGGCAAUCAUAACAUCAGCCGUAAAGCCUGAGUCUUUGGAAUUUCAUCAAGUCAUGAUGAACUGUUCUAAGCCGACGACUAAUUAUGGUACGGGUGCACCUAUUAUAACCAAGAAUAUGUUAAUGAACAUAGCUGUUCAAUCUAUGUUUCAAGUUACACUUCUGUUGAUACUUAGCAUGAAGGGAAGGGUGAUUUUUCGCCUCGAUGAGACAUUGUUGAGAACCAUGAUCUUCAAUUCUUACGUACUAUGCCAAGUUUUUGUGUUGAUCAUCAGUGCCAUUGAGAUCACAAAGACAAGUAUCUUCAAAGGGAAUAUCAGAAGAAAUCAGUGGAGAAAAUGUUUUUUUGUAGCUGGUGUAGUAAUUGUAGGAAUUACUGUUGCUUUGCAAGUUAUACUGAUCCAGAUCAUGUCAAAGAUUGCUCACUGGAAAAAGUUAGGAAUGAAACAGUGGUCCAUCUCUAUAGGAACUGCAGCUCUAUCUUUGCCCAUACACUAUGCUGCAAAAUUGCUUUCAAAUUCCUUCCAAAGUUUCUUGAUUAUGUGUGUAAGAAUGUAA